AUGGUUUCUGGCUUUCCGCUUGCUAGGGUUUGCCACACUUACAUUUUUUCCGCCCUCACGGAAAAUUUGUGGCUCUUAAUUUGUAACUGCGCCGCUUCUAGGGUUUCGCCUCAUUCCUCAACGAUUUUACCACAAUGACCGGCAAAAAUGUCAUCUCCGACGAUGAAGAUGAGAUUGGAGUCGAAGAAGAAGAAAGAGACGAGGAGCCUUAUGGAGACCGCGGCGGUGAUCCUGGCGGUGACGAUGAAGAUGAAGAAGACGACGAGGAAGGACAGGAUGAAUAUGAAAAUGAUGGAUUUAUAGUGAACGAUGUCGAUGAAGAAGAGGAUGAGGAAGAAGAUCGAGUUGAUAGUGAUGAGGAGCAGAAGAAAAAGAAAAGAAAGAAAAGGGAUCAAUUCAUGCUUGAUGAGGAUGACUAUGAACUCCUCCAAGAAAGCAAUAUAUCUGUCAAUCGUUCAAAGCUCGAAAGUAAGAAGUUUAAGAGACUGAAGAAGGCUAGGAGGGAUGCAGAAGAAGAGCCUUCCGGGUUUUCCGAUGAAGAAGAAUUUGAUAGAAGUGGGAAGGGUGGGCGUACUGCAGAGGAGAAGCUCAAGCGUAGUUUGUUUGGUGAUGAUGAUGGGCAACCUCUUGAGGAUAUUGCAGAGGAGGAUGAACAGCUUGAAGAAGAAGAUGAUGCAGACAUUGGUGAGGAGGAUGAGAUGGCUGAUUUCAUUGUUGAUGAAGAAGAAGUUGAUGAGCAUGGAACCCCUGUUAGGAGAAAGAAACCUAAGAAAAACAGACAGCGCCCGGGGAUUUCCUCAUCUGCACUGCAGGAAGCACAUGAAAUUUUUGGUGAUGUUGAAGAUCUCCUGAGGCUUCGCAAGAUAGAUGUGCGAGACAGGUUUGGUGAAACUAGUGAAAGGAGUCUUGAAGAUCAGUUUGAUCCAAGUGUGCUUUCUGAAAAGUACAUGACAGAAAAGGAUGAUCAAAUACGGGAAAUCGAUAUUCCUGAAAGAAUGCAGAUAUCCGAGGAAAGUACAGGCCACCCCCCAACAGAUGAGUUCAGUGUCAAAAUGGAGACCGAGUGGAUAUACAAUCAACUUGUCAGUGGUAUGGUACCUUUGUUCAACAGGAGUGGUACUACAAAUGAAGAAGUAGAUGAUGAGCUGAAGCGGCAUAUAGCUAGAUUCUUGGAGUUGAUUCACGUUCAGAAUUUAGACGUCCCGUUCAUUGCUAUGUACAGGAAAGAGGAAAUAUUAAGCCUUCUAAAGGAUCCAACUGAACGCGAAGCUGGCAUUGAAAAUGAUAUGAAUCAAAAGCCCACGCUGAAGUGGCACAAGGUGCUUUGGGCAAUUCAGGACUUGGAUCAGAAAUGGCUUCUUCUUUUGAAAAGAAAAAGUGCUCUACAGUCAUAUUAUACUAAGCGAUUUGAAGAAGAGAGAAGGAGAGUGUAUGAUGAGACACGCCUUAGAUUAAAUGAACAGCUGUUUCAGUCAAUCACUAAGUCACUCGAAGCUGCUGAUUCGGAAAGAGAAGUGGAUGAUGUAGACUCAAAAUUUAAUUUGCAUUUCCCUCCGGGCGAAGUUGUCCUAGACGAAGGCCAGUUUAAAAGACCAAAGAGAAAGUCACAUUACAGCAUUUGUAGUAAAGCUGGACUGUGGGAGGUUGCAAGCAAAUUUGGUUACAGCUCUGAGCAAUUUGGUUUGCAGAUAUCUCUGGAGAAAAUGAGAAUGGAUGAAUUGGAGGAUGCUAAGGAAACACCAGAGGAAAUGGCUUCUAAUUUCACCUGUGCAAUGUUUGAGAUACCUCAAGCGGUAUUGAAAGGUGCAAGGCACAUGGCGGCGGUUGAAAUUAGCUGUGAACCAUGUGUUAGGAGACAUGUGCGCAGUAUUUUUAUGGACAACGCUGUAGUGUCAACUAGUCCUACACCUGAGGGAAACACAGCUAUUGAUUCUUUUCACCAGUUUUAUGGAGUAAAGUGGUUGAAGGACAAACCACUUAAUAGAUUUGAGGAUGCUCAAUGGCUUUUGAUUCAGAAAGCUGAAGAGGAGAAGCUCUUGCAAGUUACUAUAAAGCUGCCUGAAGUAGUCCUUGAUAAGUUGAUAAGUGACUCAAAUGAUUAUUAUUUGAGUGAUGGUGUAAGUAAAUCUGCUCAGUUAUGGAAUGAGCAGAGGAAACUGAUUCUUAAUGAUGCAUUUAACAAUUUUCUUCUUCCUUCAAUGGAAAAAGAAGCUAGAUCACUGCUGACAAGUAGAGCGAAAUCAUGGCUACUAUCAGAUUAUGGGAGGCUAUUGUGGGAUAAAGUAUCUGUUGCACCAUACCAACGGAAAGAGAAUGAUGUCAGUUCUGAUGAAGAAACUGCACCCAGGGUUAUGGCUUGCUGUUGGGGCCCUGGGAAGCCAGCGACUACCUUUGUGAUGUUGGAUUCAUCUGGAGAAGUUUUGGAUGUGUUGCAUGCUGGUUCCCUCAGCAUUCGUGGUCAAAGUGUCAAUGAACAGCAACGUAAAAGAAAUGAUCAGCAGAGAGUGCAAAAGUUUAUGAUGGACCAUCAACCACAUAUUGUAGUUUUAGGAGCAAAUAAUUUGUCUUGUACGCGGUUGAAGGAGGACAUUUAUGAGAUAAUAUUCAAGAUGGUGGAAGAUAAUCCUCGUGAUGUUGGUCACGAGAUGGAUAAUCUGAAUAUUGUCUUUGGCGAUGAAUCUUUACCGCAUCUGUAUGAAAAUUCUCGUAUCUCAGUUGAUCAGCUUCCUUCACAAGAAGAUGAUGCCAAUGACGACGACGAUGUCCUGGAAAUGGCGAUCGAGCAUGUCAGGGAGAAGCCACAUUUACUGAGAGCUGUAGAUGUUCAUGAAUAUGCUGAGCAGAAAAAUCAUCUGAACAAGAAAGAAACCCUCAAUGAUAUUAGAUUGGAAUUGAUGGAAGGUUUUCAGGAUCGUCGCAGACCCUUUGUAGAACCAAGUCAGGAUGAAGAGUUUGGCAUGAUCACUGGAGAGACUGAAGAGGAACUCUCUGAAGGAAGAAUUGUGCAGGCCACAGUUCGAAAGGUUCAGGGUCAGAGAGCAAUUUGCGUCCUUGAAUCUGGAUUAGCUGGCAUUCUCAGUAAGGAGGAUUACAUGGAUGAUUGGAGGGAUAUCAAUGAGUUAAAUGAGAAGCUGAGUGAGGGUGAUAUUUUGACUUGCAGAAUUAAAUCAAUUCAGAAAAAUCGCUAUCAGGUGUUUUUAACUUGUAGAGAAAGUGAAAUGAGGAGUAACCGUUACAAGAGUCACAGAAUGACAGAUCCUUACUAUCAUGAAGAACGCGGUACUCUGCAAACUGUUCAGGAAAAAGCUCGCAAGGAGAAGGAACUUGCAAAGAAGCAUUUCAAGCCGAGAAUGAUCGUUCACCCACGCUUCCAAAAUAUAACGUCUGAUGCUGCGAUAGAGUUUUUGUCUGACAAGGAUCCCGGUGAAAGUGUCAUACGCCCUAGUUCUCGUGGGCCAUCAUUUUUGACAUUGACUCUGAAAGUUUAUGAUGGGGUAUAUGCGAACAAGGACAUUGUAGAAGGUGGAAAAGAGCACAAGGAUAUAACCAGCUUGCUUCGGAUCGGGAAAACACUGAAAAUCGGAGAGGAUACAUUUGAAGAUCUUGAUGAGGUAAUGGAUCGUUAUGUAGAUCCACUGGUAGCUCAUUUGAAGUCAAUGCUGAAUUACCGAAAGUUCAGGAGGGGUACUAAAACUGAAGUUGAUGAGCUCCUCAGAAUUGAAAAGGCCGAGAAUCCUAUGAGAAUUGUAUAUUGCUUUGGAAUAUCUCACGAGCAUCCUGGCACAUUCAUCUUGACGUAUAUACGGAGUUCUAAUCCUCAUCACGAGUACAUAGGUCUCUAUCCAAAGGGAUUUAAGUUCCGGAAACGAAUGUUUGAGGAUAUAGACCGUCUUGUGGCUUAUUUUCAGAAACAUAUUGAUGACUCAUCUGACUCUACUCCAUCGCUACGAUCAGUUGCUGCUAUGGUGCCAAUGAGGAGUCCUGCAACUGGGGGCUCAUCUGGGUCUGGUGGUGGGUGGGGCAAUUCAUCCAAUGAUGGAGGCUGGAGAGGAGGCCAGUCUUCAGACAGAGACAGGAAUUCUGGUCCUAGAAGUGGGAGGGGUGAUUACAGAAAUGGUGAUGGGCAUCCCAGUGGAGCACCUAGACCAUAUGGUGGGCGAGGACGUGGACGUGGCCGGGGCCGUGGGUCAGAUUCUUAUGGUAAUGGCAGGGGUGACAGGCAGGACCAAGACCGUGGUUCACAAAGGUGGGGUUCCAAGGAUGGCGAUGGUGGUGGUGGAUGGGGGAGUGGCUUCUCUGGAUCAAAAGCCCAGGAUUCACCGGGCGGUGGUAGUUGGGGAGGCGGCGGUGGUGGUGGUAAUGCUGGUGAGGGCAGCAGCACUGGUUGGGGUAGCUGGGGAGGAGAUGCUGGUGGUUCGGGUGCGGAUGCAGGUAAUUCAGGGUGGGGAGAUGCCAAGAAGAGUUCAGAUGGUGGUGGUUGGUGAUAAAUAUCAGGAUGUUCUUGUAAUUUUUAUUAUCUAUACUACUGAAUUCUCGUGUUGAAUAGGCGUUCAGCUCCUAGCUUCUUUCUUGGACAAUCUACUAUCAGUUGGUCUAUUUUGAAUCUUUCAUUCUGAUUUCUA